GAGGGUGAAAAAGGAGCCCGGCGGGCCUCGGAGGCCCUGAAGAGUGGGACGGUGUCCCGGCACUUGGGGGCAGAAGAGCCACGGGCCUCGGGCGGUCGGGGCCUGAUGUGCGGCGCGAGCGCGGACCUGGGCCAGGCCAGGGAAGGGGCGCCCGGGCUGAGAUUUCCAGAUGGUUCUGUCAGAGGAUGGCGCUGCCGGGUGUGCAGAAGCCGGUUCCACAUGUCCCAGGAUGGGGGCUCAGGUCCCAGAUGGCAAUGGGAACGUGGCUAUGCUGCCAGAGUGUGCUAUGGGUUUACAAGAGCAACAAAAGAUGAAUAAAUCUCUGGAGUUGGUAUCAUUUGAGGAUGUGGCUGUGGACUUCACCUGGGAGGAGUGGCAGGACCUGAAUGAUGCUCAGAGGACUUUGUACAGGGAUGUGAUGCUGGAGACCUACAGCAACCUGGUGUCACUGAAUUUCCAGAUAGAUGAUGACCUUGAGGAGAAGAACCAAGAAAGUCAUGGUAGAUGCUUGCAGCAAAUUUUAGUCAACAACAGCAACACAUCAGCUGAGGAGAGAGUCGUGUUAGGAAAAUCAUUUUAUUUGAGUUCAUAUCUUGUUUUAAAUAUGAUUAUAAAUAAUGGAAAGUAUUCAGGAAAGGGACAUGAGGAGUUAUACAUAUGUCAGAAUGCAAUUCUUCCUAGAGUGCCUGAUGAGAUGCCUGCUGGAGAGAAACCUGAUGACCAUCAUAUAACUGAAAAAUUGCCCAGACAUCAUGAGCAUCUUAGUCAGCAUCCCAAUAUCCAAACUGGGAAGCAGCUUUUAGAAUACAGUGGAAAAGGGAAAUCCUCUAACAGAGAGCCAACAAUAUUUACACAUAAAAAGGUUCAUAUCGAUGAGACCACCUGUAAGUAUAAUAAAUAUGGGAAAGAAUGUAGUAAGGCAGCUGUCAUUGUCCAAGAAAUAAAUCACAUAGAAAGGAAAACUUUUCAAUGUGAUAUAUGUGAGAAAAUGUUCUGUAAAAAGUCUGAACUCACUCAACAUCAGAUUAUGCACACAGGAGAGAAACGCUUUAAAUAUGCUGAAUGUGAGAAAACUUUUAUUAAGAAAUUAUACCUUACCUCACAUCAGAGAACACCUAUACAGGAGAAGCUUUAUGGUUGCAAUGAACAGGAGAAAAUUUUUUGUCAGAAGUCAGACCUUGCAAUGCAUCAGAGAACUCACACAGGAGAAAUGUACUAUGGAAGUAUUAAAUGUGGAAAAAGCUUCUGUAAGAAUUCACUCAGCCAUCCUGAGAGAAUUCACACAGGUGAAAUACCAGAUGGAUGUAAUGAAUGUAAAAAAUCUUCCUGCCAUGAGUCUGCACUCUCUGUAUGUCAGAGAGUUCACACAAGUGAGAAACCAUGUAAAGAAUAUGAAAAAGCCUUUUACAGUAAUAAAUGUGGUAAAAACUUUCCAGAAAAGUCACACUGCAGCAGUCAUUCGAGAAUUUGCACAGGUGAGAAACCAUGUGAAUGUAAGGAAUGUGGAAAAACUUUUAACCAAAAGUCAAGCCUGAGCAUUCAUUCCAGAACUCACAGAGGUGAGAAACCAUAUGAAUGUAAGGAAAGCAGAGAAGCUCUUAACCAAAAGUCAGAUUUCAGUGGUAAUGAAAUAAUUCACACACAUGAGAAACCAUAUGAAUGUACAGAAUGUGGAAAAACUUUUAGCCAAAACUUAUACUUAAGUAUUCAUCACAGAACUCAAACAGGUGAGAAACCAUACAAAUCUAGAGAAUGUGGAAAAACUUUUAACCAGAAGUCACACAUCAGCAUACAUCAGAGAACUCACAUGGCUGAGAAACCAUAUGAAUGCAAAGAAUGUGGAAAAGCUUUUAGUGGAAAGUCAUAUUUCACCAUUCAUCAGAGAACUCACAUGGCUGAGAAACCAUAUGAAUGCAAAGAAUGUGGAAAAGCUUUUAACUACAAGGUAAGCCUCAGCAUUCAUCAGAGAACUCACACAGGUGAGAAACCAUAUGAAUGUAUAGAAUGUGGAAAAACUUUUAACCAAAAAUCAAACCUCUGCAUGCAUCAGAAAAUUCACACAGGUGAGAAACCAUACGAAUGUAAAGAAUGUGGAAAAACUUUUAUCCGAAAGUCACACCUCUGCAGGCAUCAGAAAAUUCACACAGGUGAGAAACCAUAUGAAUGUAAAGACUGUGGAAAAGCUUUUAACCGAAAGUCAAAGCUCAGCAUUCAUCAGAGAAGUCACACAGGUGAGAAACCAUAUGAAUGUAAAGACUGUGGAAAAGCUUUUAGCCAGAAGUCACAGCUCAGCAUUCAUCAGAGAAGUCACACAGGUGAGAGACCAUAUGAAUGCGAAGACUGUGGAAAAGCUUUUAGCCGGAAGUCACAUCUCAGCAUUCAUCAGAGAACUCACACAGGUGAGAGACCAUAUGAAUGCAAAGACUGUGGAAAAGCUUUUUGCCGGAAGUCACAGCUCAGCAUUCAUCAGAGAAGUCACACAGGUGAGAGACCAUAUGAAUGUAAAGAAUGUGGAAAAGCUUUUAGCCAGAAGUCACAGCUCAGUGUUCAUCAGAGAAGUCACACAGGUGAGAAACCAUAUGAAUGUAAAGACUGUGGAAAAGCUUUUAGCCAGAAGUCACAGCUCAGCAUUCAUCAGAGAAGUCACACAGGUGAGAAAUCAUAUGAAUGCAAAGACUGUGGGAAAGCUUUUACCUACAAGUCAGAGAUCAGGAAGCAUGAGAGAAUUCACACAGGUGAGAAACCUUAUGAAUGUAAAGACUGUGGAAAAGCAUUUAGGGAAAAGUCAAGCCUCAUCAUUCAUCAUAGAAUUCACACGGGUGAGAAACCAUAUGUAUGUAGAGAAUGUGGAAAAACUUUUAAACAAAAGUCACACCUUAGCAGGCAUCAGAGAAGUCACACAGGUGAGAAACCACAUGAAUGUAAAGACUGUGGAAAAGCCUUUAGGGAAAAGUCAAGCCUCAGCAUUCAUCAGAGAAAUCACACAGGUGAGAAACCAUAUGAAUGUAAAGACUGUGGGAAAGCUUUUACUUAUAAAUCAGACAUCAGGAAGCAUGAGAGAAUUCACACAGGUGAGAAACCAUAUGAAUGUGGAGAAUGUGGAAAAACUUUUAACCAAAAGUCAAGCCUCAGCAUUCAUCAGAGAAACCACACAGGUGAGAAACCAUAUGAAUGUACAGAAUGUGGAAAAGCUUUUAAACAAAAGUCAUGCCUCAGAAUUCAUCAGAGAAAUCACACAGGUGAGAAACCAUAUGAAUGUACUGAAUGUGGAAAAACAUUUAUACAAAAGUCACACCUUAGCAGGCAUCAGAGAAGUCAAACAGGUGAGAAACCAUGUGUAUGUAGAGAAUGUGGAAAAACUUUUAACCAACAGUCGAGCCUCAGCAAUCAUCAGAGAAUUCACACUGGUGAGAAACGAUAUGAAUGUAGAGAAUGUGGGAAAACUUUUAAUCGAAAGUCACACCUUAGCAGGCAUCAGAGAAUUCACACUGGUGAGAAACCAUGUGAACAUUAAGAAUAUGGAAAAGAUUGUAGUGAAAAGUUAUACUUCAGCAUUCAUCAGAUAAGUCACAGAAGUGGGAAAUAAUCUGAAUGUAAAGACUAUGGGAAAGCAUUUUCCCACAAAUCAGACACCAGGAAGCAUGAGAGAAUUCACACUUGUGAGAAGUGAUAAGAAUGUAGAGAAUGUGGAAAAACUUUUUAGUCAGAAGUCACACCGUAUCAAGCACCAGAGAAUUCACAUAGUUGAGAAACCAUAAGAACAUGAAGAAUGUGGAAAAGCUUUUAGCAAAAAGUCAUACUUCAGCAUUGAUGGAGUUUGGAUGGGUUGUCCCCUUCAAAACUCAUGUGGCAAUUUGAUCCCCAUUGUCGCAGUGUUGGAAACUGAUUGAGUCAUGCAGGCAGAUUCCUCAUGAAUGGAUUAAUGUUCUCCCUGGCGGGGGGAGUAAUGAUGGAGUUCUUGCUCUAUGAGUUACUAUGAGAGCUUGUUAAAAGGACCCUGCCACCUCCUGUCUCUCUUGCUUCCUCUCGCCAUGUGAUCUGCUCAUACCCACUGGUAGCCUGCCACUUUCUGCCAUGAGUAGAAGCAGCCUGAGGCCUGUGCCAGAUGCAACUGUCCCAGAAUUGUAAGUCAAAUAAAUUUCCAUUAUAAAUUA